GGGACCACAGGGCCCCAGGGGACCAGAGCUCUGCGCUGCCCGGUUUCCUUCGUCAGGGGCCUGGCAGGGAGGGCGGAGGCGCGGCUUUGCCAAGGGCAGCUGGGGCCACCCGGCUCUCACCGCCUCCUGCCCGCGUGCUGUCUAUUGCUCUACAGCCCCGAGGCUCGCGAAGACAGCUGGCGCCCCAGGCUCGGUCCUCAGGAAGCCAUGGCGAAGUCCCGGGGCCGUCUGUACCUUUGGAUGUGCUUGGCUGCUGCGCUGGCAUCUUUCCUGGUGGGAUUUAUGGUGGGCUGGUUUAUUAAGCCUCUCAAAGAAACAGCCACUUCUGUGCGCUAUCAUCAAAGUAUACGGUGGGAACUGGUAUCCGAAAUGAAAGCUGAAAAUAUCAAAUCAUUUCUUCGUUCUUUUACAAAGCUUCCUCAUCUGGCGGGAACAGAAGAAAAUUUCUUGCUUGCCAAGAAAAUCCAAACCCAGUGGAAGAAAUUUGGACUAGAUUCAGCCAAAUUGGUUCAUUAUGAUGUCCUCUUAUCUUACCCCAAUGAGACAAAUGCCAACUAUAUCUCGACUGUGAAUGAACAUGGCAUUGAGAUUUUCAAAACAUCAUACCUCGAACCACCACCAGAUGGAUAUGAGAAUGUUACAAAUAUUGUGCCACCAUAUAAUGCUUUCUCAGCCCAGGGCAUGCCAGAGGGAGAUCUUGUAUAUGUGAACUAUGCUCGCACUGAAGACUUCUUCAAACUAGAAAGAGAGAUGAGCAUCAACUGUACUGGGAAGAUUGUUAUUGCCAGAUAUGGAAAAAUCUUCAGAGGAAAUAAAGUUAAAAAUGCCGUGUUAGCAGGAGCCAUAGGAAUCAUCUUGUACUCAGAUCCAGCUGACUAUUUUGCUCCAGAGGUCCAGCCGUAUCCCAAAGGAUGGAAUCUUCCUGGAACUGCAGCCCAGAGAGGAAAUGUGUUAAAUUUGAAUGGUGCUGGUGACCCACUCACUCCAGGCUAUCCAGCAAAAGAAUACACUUUCAGACUUGAUGUUGAAGAAGGAGUAGGAAUCCCCAAAAUACCUGUACAUCCCAUUGGAUAUAAUGAUGCAGAAAUAUUAUUACGCCACUUGGGAGGAAUCGCUCCACCAGAUGACAGCUGGAAGGGAGCCCUUAAUGUGAGUUAUAGUAUCGGACCUGGCUUUACAGGGAGUCAUUCUUUCAGGAAGGUUAGAAUGCAUGUUCAUAACAUCAAUAAAAUUACAAGGAUUUACAAUGUAAUUGGGACUAUCAGAGGAUCUAUGGAACCUGACAGGUAUGUUAUUCUGGGAGGUCACCGGGAUGCCUGGGUAUUUGGAGCUAUUGACCCAACCAGUGGGGUUGCUGUUUUGCAAGAAAUUGUCCGGAGUUUUGGAAAACUGAUGAGUAAAGGCUGGAGACCUAGAAGAACUAUCAUUUUUGCCAGCUGGGAUGCAGAAGAAUUUGGACUUCUGGGUUCCACAGAAUGGGCUGAGGAGAAUGCCAAAAUACUCCAGGAGAGAAGCAUUGCUUAUAUCAACUCAGAUUCAUCUAUAGAAGGCAAUUAUACUCUCAGAGUUGACUGUACACCUCUUCUUUACCAAUUAGUGUAUGAACUGACAAAAGAGAUCCCCAGCCCUGAUAGUGGGUUUGAGAGUAAAUCACUGUAUGAAAGCUGGUUGGUAAAAGACCCUUCACCUGAAAAUAAAAACUUGCCUAGAAUCAGUAAGCUGGGAUCUGGAAGUGACUUUGAAGCUUAUUUUCAGAGACUUGGAAUUGCUUCAGGCAGAGCCCGUUACACUAAGAAUAAGAAAACAGAAAAGUACAGCAGCUACCCAGUAUACCACACAAUUUAUGAGACAUUUGACUUGGUAGAGAAAUUUUAUGACCCCACAUUUAAAAAACAACUUUCUGUGGCUCAGUUACGAGGAGCACUGGUAUAUGAGCUUGUGGAUUCUAAAAUCAUUCCUUUCAAUAUUCAAGACUAUGCAGAAGCUUUGAAAAACUAUGCAGUGAGUAUCUAUAAUCUAUCCAAGAAACAUGACCAACAAUUGAGAGACCAUGGAGUAUCAUUUGACUCUUUAUUUUCUGCUGUGAAAAACUUCUCAGAGGCUGCUUCAGACUUUCAUAGACGACUUACACAAGUUGAUCUUAAUAAUCCCAUUGCAGUGAGAAUGAUGAAUGACCAAUUGAUGCUCCUGGAAAGAGCAUUCAUUGAUCCCCUUGGUUUACCAGAAAAGCCAUUCUAUAGGCACAUCAUAUUUGCUCCAAGUAGCCGCAACAAAUAUGCUGGAGAAUCAUUUCCUGGCAUCUAUGAUGCUAUCUUUGAUAUUGAAAAUAAAGUCGACUCUCGUUUGGCCUGGAAAGAAGUAAAGAAACAGAUUUCUAUUGCAGCUUUUACAAUUCAAGCAGCAGCAGGAACUCUGAAAGAAGCGUUAUAGCAAGUCUCACGUGGGUAGCCAUUAAAGGUAUUGCUCAAAGUCUGAGGAUAAAAUUCACCUUUCUGUUAACUUAUCAAGCCAGGGUGUUCUAUAAUCUUGCUGUCAUGUUUUGAUUAUAGGCUUCGAUCUUGCUCAUCUGCAAAGUGUUUCUUUCCUCUUAAAAGAUAAUAAUUAUAUUAGCAAAGUGUUAAUCUAAUGAAAUUAAAAAUUCCUUUUGUGGCAGAAUGACAAAGUAAAAUUCCCUGCAUUACAGCAGACACGCUGAGUGUGGGAAUGUACAAUGGUAAAAGCACUUUUGAAAACACUUUGGCAGUUUACUAUAAAGUUAAACAUAUACUUUAUAACUGCAGAAUUCCACUUCUAGGUAUUUAUUCAAGAGAAGGAAAAACAAUGAUCACAGCAAUACUUAAAUGCAUGUUCAUUGCAACUUAAAAGUGGAAACAACCUAAACGUCCAAUAACGGAUGAAUGGAUAAACUGUGGUAUAUCCACAGUAGACUACUACUCAGCAAUAAAAACCAUGUACCUUUCAAUAAAUGCAGUAUUACUGGCAGACACUGAUGAAGGAAAAAAGCCAGACACAAGUAACUACAUAGUAUAUGCUUCUAUUUAGAUGAAGUGGCAAACUAAUCUGUGGUGUUAGAAAGUAGAUGAGUGAUUGCCUGGGCAAGUGUCAGGUGGGGGAGGAUGGCUGCGGAGAAGGAUGAGAAAACUUUCUCCAAUAGAUGAGAAUUUUUCCUAUCUUGAUCUGUGGUAAAUUGGAAACUUAAAAGGUAUGCACGAAUUACCGUAUGAAAAUUAAGCCUCAAUAAAUGUGAUUUAAAAAAAAAAAAAAAACAAGUCUGGCAAGGAAACCAGAAUAAUAUACCUUCUCUUGUGAAAUCACCAUUAAGAGUGGUCAGGAAAAAGCCAGUAAUAUUCACAUAUUUAGUAAUUUAGCUCUACUUAAUAAACACUAAGUCUGAUGGGUGAUGAAACUAGCUACUACAAUUUUCAUACUUUAACUCCUACAAAGAAUGUAUGUCAGAAUCUGCAAACUUUUACAGAGAUACCAAUGACUCAUUUACAUUUAAAACUUGAAUAAACUUGGCUGUUUAUCUACCACACCAAAACAAGUUAAGAAUUAAAAAUCAGAAGAGCUGUCAUAGGAAGGCACAAAAACUAAAAUAGGAAGUGACAGCUCAAAGCUUAACUACAAGGAAGAACUACCUGUUACCCUUGCUCCCAGGCCAACAAUACAGUUUAACUUAAAACAGUGGGGGCAUUUAGUUUAGGGACAUUUUCUGUACAUCUCAGUAUUACUAGAAGGUAUUUCACUGAUCUCCCACAAUAAAAUAAAUUGCAAGUAUAGCAAUGACUCUGUCA